GACACCGCAUCAAGUCUGUUUGCAGGCUUAGUUAUAAUAAGAGAGGCGGAUGAUGACAUCUUCACACCCAAGCUCUUGGUGUGUAAAAAAGUUGCUCUCUCGACAUAUAGCUCGGCAGAAUAAAUUCAGGUCUGAACAAAGGGAAUCUUGAUGGCGGCAUCUGAAAUCUGACAUUAUUGGACAUUUGAGGAUAGAUUCAAUUAAUUUAACAGAAAAGAUGGGGUGCGCCUGCAGUUCGGACUCAGACAGCGAAUGGAUGGAGAACUUGGACGAAAUUUGCGAACACUGCAACUGUCCAAUUCCUCCCCAGGCCUGCAAUCCAUACACAGAUCAGGUGAUUCCAUAUCCAUCACAGUAUACGCCCCCGAUGUCACCUUUACCAGAUAACAUCGGGGUGGCCAUUUACAGCUAUGACCCCAAACAUGAAGGAGACCUGGGUUUUGAUAAAGGAGACAAACUCAAGAUCAUCAACAAGUGAGCUACUUGUAAAUCCAUACAGAGAAAACUCGCAAGUGGAAAAAUGCAUGCGACUCCAAACAACAAUGCAGUUAAAGCUACAAUCUCCUCACCCGGGAACAAAACUCAGUGGAGAUGGAUGUGACUAAAAUUUGAUUUGAAGAAUAUUUAACAACUUGUGACACCAAAAGUCAUAUAAAUGACAUAUAAAAGUCUCCUGCUGUUGGUUCUGGUGUCAUUGUGGUUCUGAGAACAGAUAGUGAACUCAACAUGUUUCCGGUGUGUUUCCCGAGCAAGGAUGCUGUGAAAACAUGAACUCAGCCAAAGUUUCCAGUCACUGUCAAAUGUAGAAAAUUUAAU